UUUAGACAUUACAUUAUUGUACACUAAUUUCCACUUCACUUUACUACAGAGCCGCUUCACAUCAUCUGUCAUUUCAUUACGGAAACAGUUCUGAAGAGUUUGUCUCUUUAUAUCUGAGGACUGAAAGGGUUGAAGAUGUUUCACAGAUUUUGGUUCUGUUUGUGUUUGUGGCGUCUAGUUGGUGUGUUUGGUGUUGAUGAAGUGAAGUCUGUGUCAGUGAUGGAGGGAGAUUCAGUCUCUUUAGAACCUGGUGUUACUGAAAUACAGAAAGAUGAUCGGAUAACAUGGACAUUUGGACCUUCAAAGGUUUUUCUAGCUCAAUUCCAAACAGAAACUGGAGACUUAAUCACACAUGAUCCUGAUGGUAGAUUCAGAAACAGACUGAAGGUGAAUAAUCAGACUGGAUCUCUGACCAUCACAAACACCAGAACCACAGACUCUGGACUUUAUGAAAUUAUGAUCACCAGGAGCAGAAACACCACAUACAGAUUCAAUGUUACCGUCUCUGCUCGUCUGCCUGUUCCUGUCUUAAGCAGAAUAUUCUCUUCAUCAUCCUCCUCAUCCUCACAGCAGAAUUGUUCAUUGGUGUGUUCAGUGGUGAAUGUGAGUCAUGUGACUCUCUCCUGGUACAAAGGAAACAGUUUAUUGUCCAGCAUCAGUGUGUCUGAUCUCAGCAUCAGUCUCUCUCUACCUCUGGAGGUGGAAUAUCAGGAUAAAAACAGCUACAGCUGUGUGCUCAACAAUCCCAUCAGCAACCAGACUCAACAUCUGGACAUCACUCAGCUCUGUCACACAUGUUCAGACUCUACUGAAGCUGUGAUCCGAUUGGUCGUCACUGCUCUGGUGGGCGUGGCCGCUGCCGCUGCUGUUGUAGUUCUGGUUUAUGACAUCAGAUCCAGGAGAAAUGAGCAGGAUAGGCCUAUUUGAUUGUUGAAGUCUUAUCUAUAGUCUAUAUUCCUCAAAUACUUAAUCUGAACUUUGUUAGUUUAAAUCUGAAUUUGAAUCUUUAGUUUUUUAGUCUGAAUCUCAACAUGUUUGAUGUUAACUUCCCAUAUUCACUCUAUAUAGAAAAUGGUCUAUUCUGUUCUAUUUUAUUCUGUUCUAUAAUAAAAAUGUUAUAUGAUUACA